ACUAAGUAUCUGCAUCCUUGGAAUGCUUGCUCAUGAUAAGCUCUGCAGAGAAGAUUCGACCUCUGCUUUAUUGCUUUUGCCGAACAAGCUUUCUGAAAACGACGUAAACUUUCCCAGUAAGUACCCAGAUUAUCAACCAGAGGUGUUUCAUAACCCUUCUAAUGGUUUUCAUGAUCAUUCCAGUAGUACUAACGAAUCUGGAGUUUCUUUUUCUCAAUGUGAGAAAAAGUACAGCAAAACGGAUUCCAUAAAAUCAAAGAGUGGAAUUCCCUGUCAAACUCUAAGUACUGUUCCAGAUUUAGACGUUGUUGAGUACAACGAUUGCUUUCGCUUUUAUGUCGAUAUGCCCUCUGUUGUCAAAGAGAGCAUUUUUGUUCUAGUCAAGAAGUAUACUAUUACGAUAGAGGGUAGGAAAUGUACAAAUUAUACAGGAUGUAAAAAAAUCUUGUUUCAAAGAAGAAAGUCAGGAAUCAUCAAACUCCAAAUCCCAUACAAUCCGUUAUUAAUGGACACGAAACGUGCCGUGGCAACCUAUAAAAAUGGAGAGCUUUGCAUCACUAUUAAAAAACUAUAUCUCAAAUAGGUAUUAUAUUGUUUGUUUCAAUCUUGUAUGGAGCGUCCACCUGUAGAUUAUUAUGCUAUUUGCCAGCCUCGUUGUGUUUGGUUGUGUUCCUAAUUCCCAGAUAAAAUGAUCGAUAUGACGCUCAUCAAGAGCAGAUUUCCCUUUAAUCAGGAGAAGGUAAACUCGAUAUUAGAGAGCAUUACGGUUGGUGAGGAUUUGGUGUGUUUCUUGUAUCUGUAGGUGGUACGAUCCACAAUGCGAACCUUUCUGUCGAUGUAGUAAAGCCCGUAUCGUUUUUGGAAGAACUUUCGAUGGUUCUUGAUUAUUUUAAUAUCUUGCUUGAAUCCGACUAUUCCUCCCUAUCCAACGAAGAUCGUUUUCUCAUCCUUCUUCGUUUCUAUUUAGCAACGAUUUCUCUAAUCCCUUCUGACAUCUACAAGCCUUGCACUCCUUUUCUGGGAGAAACAUUUGCUUGUUUCGUUUCUACAAAGCAAGGCCGUGUCUCUUACAUCGCAGAGCAGGUUUCUCUCCACCCACACAUCACUUGCUUCUACGUCGAAGACGAAAAUCACACCUUCAGCGUGCAAUGCACAUUAAUCCCGAGAGGAAUGUUCGGCGGCAGCAGCGUUCGCUACACGUUCGACGGCUCCCUCACAAUCACGCACAUCCCCUCCCAACAGACCUGCACUUUCACGCAUCCCACGCUCGUUUCCACGAAUCUGGAUCACGGAACCCCCGAAACACAAAUCGCUGGAAGUGUUUCGGUGAGUUGUUCCUUCGAUUCGCUCUCGGCUCUCAUUCUUUUCUAUCUUCAGCCUUUGACGGGCGGCGAUCAUCGCGUGCUGCGCGUGCACAUCAAGCAGGACAAUACGAUCCUGUACCGAAUUCGAGGCCGAUGGGACCUGGGCUAUGAGUUAAUUCGCGAGGAAACGAAGGAAUUCAGCGUGUGGCUGGAAAUCAACUCGCUGCAGCCGCUGCAGCGAUUUGUGUGUCCGCUGGACAAGCAGGGAGCGUUGGAGAGUGUAAAAGUGUGGAUUACGCUGCGGCAGGAGAUGAUUGGAGGAAAUGAUGUGGAGAAGGCCGAGAAAAUGUGGAGAGAUAUAGAAACUAAGAAGAACGAGAUGUGCAGGCGCAUUGAGAAGAGGAAGGACUUCGAUCCGAACAAGCGACUUUUGUUUGAGAAGAAGGGGGAGGUGUACGAGUUUACCCAUAAAGGCGAGAAUUUCAUUGAGUUGUCGAUGCAUUUGAAACAUGAAGAGCUGGAAUGUUCUGUUUGA